AUGUCACCAGGAGCAAUCUCGCCGCUCAGCGAAGUCAAAGCCCUUACGUGCGAUGUCUUCGGCACCGUCGUUGACUGGCGCUCAUCCGUAACCGAGGAACUCACCCUUCGAGCGUUCCGCAAAACUUCCUCCGACCUAGACCAAGCUCUCAAGACUCGACUUCAAGCUCUCACUGAUGAAGACUGGGGUCGGUUUGCCCAGGAGUGGAGAAACUCGUACGGGAGGUUCACCAGAGGCUUUGACCCAGAGAAACAUACGUGGAAGACCAUUGAUCAACACCAUCACGAUAGCCUGAUUGAGCUACUCGAGGCCUGGAACCUAACCGGUCUAUACAGCCCCUCCGAGGUUGAAUCGCUGAGCCUUGUCUGGCACCGCCUGACGCCGUGGGGUGAUUCCUCAGAGGGUAUUCAAAAGCUCGGCAAGACUCACAAAACCAGCACGCUCUCCAACGGUAAUCUCUCCUUGCUUCGAGACUUGAACGACUUUGGCAACCUGGGCUUUCAGCAUCUUCUCUCGGCUGAAAAGUUUGCAGCGUACAAGCCAAACCCGGCGGUGUACUCUGGCGCCGUGCGCGAGUUGGGGCUGGAGCCUCACCAAGUGGCUAUGGUAGCUGCACACCUGAACGAUCUCGAGGCUGCUAGAGCCCGUGGCCUGAGAACGGUAUAUAUCGAACGCCCGAGGGAAGAAGCCUGGGGUGUAGCCGACGAGAGGUAUCAACAGGCGCAAGAUUGGGUUGAUAUUUGGAUUACGGAGAAGGAUCAAGGGUUUUUAACUCUGGCUCAGAAACUUGAGGAACUGGCAUGA